AUUUCAAAAUAUGAAGUUAUUUGACAGGACAAUAAUUGUGUAUGUGUAUGUAUGUUAUGUAUGUUGGUUUUACACUAAUUAUUUACUCUAAUAAAAAUGGAAAACUAUUCUAAAGGGAAGAAUGUCGAAGAGGAAUUGCAGCGUGACAAAAUACCUAUAAAAGAUUUACCAGAGAAUUUCCUAUGGAUGCAAGUUAAAGGUGGCAGUAAGAUGACAAAUUUGUUAUCACACGCGACUGGUAUCCUACAAGACAAGGCAGCUACAGCUGUCGUAUGGAGUGGUGCUGGAGUUGCUAUUCCUAAAGCUAUAUCUUGUGCUGAAAUACUAAAAAAACAGUUUUCUAUUGAGUAUCAAGUAACUAAACUGUCAUACAAAAAAGUAGAAGAAUAUUGGGAGCCUAAAGUGGAUGGUCUUGAAACUCUAGUUGUUAAGCGACAAAUACCAUUAAUUCACAUAUUACUCUCCACAGAAGCAAUACCUGACUGUAAUCAAAUUGGGUAUCAAACUCUAAGUGGUAAGAAAUUUUGGCAAAAAGAACAGACACAAGACAGAAAACAGCAACAAUCUUACAAGUCUAAGAAACAGAAGCGAAAGAAAAAUGAAUGAAUAAAUGCUACCAAGAAAAUUAAAACACUAAAUUGAA